UGAGUCAGAGCAGAGCUUUGAUUGUAAUGAAUUUCAUCUACUUUGAGUAGUAUGGAGACUGGGGGCUGAGAGGUGGGGGCUUCAUGGGAUGUCUGGCUUGUGCUGAGGUACGUUUGUCCAGGAAUUCCAUUACUGGAGCAAGAUCCAUCCAUCCAUUCAUUUACAGGGCAGCCUAAAAAAUAAAAGGCAAGAAAUAUUUUGGCAUCAAUAUCUCAUCCUGUACAGACAGGCUUCAUUCUAUGGACUGAUUCUCCUAUUCAGAUUGGAAGGAUAAGUAGCCCUGAGCUGUGCUUGCAAAUGUUCAUCAGUUUGUAUAUCUGUUUUUUUAGGAUAUUUCUGGCCUAUGAGGAAGGGAUAGUGUAUAUGAUAGAAUUUACAUUGCUGUGGGAGAAAAGGCACUGUUCUUAUUGACAUCUUCAGAGAGAUACAACUAUUCCAGAUAGUUCGUAAACUGGACAGGGUGGAGAGAAUGUGGGGCAAGACCAAAGAACAUUUAUAAAAAUCAGAAAUUAGAGCACUUGACUGAGUUUUAUCCAGUUCCUAGCCCUGUAAAGAAAUCAUACCAUGAAUCCAGUUUUCAGCUGGGAGAACUCAGUCAAAAUCAUAUCCUCUGUGGAAAGUCACCUAGUGCUGAUGGCGAUGUAACUAAUUUUUGAUGAUACCACUAAUUUCAUUGUAUCUGUGGUGGUCGGCACAUGAAUGUGACUCACUUUUGCUAGGGACACUGUGGAACAAAAGCAGGGAUUGGGGUAUUGGUUUUUGGCCUGUAGCCUCUCUCCAAUAUCCUUUGCUCCCAAACUCUGGGUGGAAUAGAAACAACAGUCAUAGCAAUCCCUCACAUGUGUAGCACAAUUUGGAGUUUCCAGAGCACUCUCACAUACAUUAUCUCAUUUUUCCCUUGAACAUCAUCCAAGGUAGUUUCCGUACCUUUGCUCCCACUUGGGAAGACUGUUUCAGCAAUCAUUAAAGUGAUAUUUUUCUCUCAUAAUCAGCCCAAAGAUUGCUGGUCUUAAUUAUAUCACCAUAUUCUUGGUUACACAGUUCUUUUCUCCCCUCCCUUUCACAAUUUUUUUCAGCAGUUAUAGACACUAACUAAAUAUUUAUAUAUUUUUAAGCUUUUUCUCUCUCUCAAUUUACAGUCUUUUAAGUUAUUUUUGUCAUUUUUAAAUUUGUGGGGUUUUUUGUUGUGGAUGUGUGUGCUUCCACAUGUUUUGAAGGAGAAAGAUUUUAACUUACAUGGUUAACAUUUGCUUUUGGCUGAAUUGAAAUAGUCCAACUGGAUAUUAAUUCUAUCUGUACAGUGACAAUUGUUUUAAAUAAAAUUUUCUUUAUUUUUCUACUCCAGCAUCUUUAUUCUUGCUGAACCAUUACCUGUUGCUCUGUACACCAGAAUAAAGAACAAGCAUUCCCACCAUGGAUUGCCAAGAAAAUGAGUACUGGGACCAAUGGGGACGGUGUGUCACUUGCCAACUCUGUGGGCCUGGACAAGAGCUCUCCAAGGAUUGUGGUUAUGGAGAAGGUGGAGAUGCAUACUGCACAGCCUGCCCUCCCCGCAGAUACAAAAGCAGCUGGGGCCACCAUAGAUGUCAGACUUGCAUCACCUGUGCUGUCAUCAAUCGUAUCCAGAAGGAGAACUGUACAGCUACCUCUAAUGCCGUCUGUGGGGACUGUCUGCCCAGGUUCUACCAAAAGACACGUAUUGGAGGCCUGCAGGAUCAAGAGUGUAUCCCGUGCACGAAGCAGACCCCCACCUCUGAGGUUCAGUGUGCCUUCCAGUUGAGCUUAGUGGAGGCAGAUGUACCCACAGUAUCCCCUCAGGAGGUCACACUUGUUGCACUGGUGAGCAGUCUGCUCAUGGUGUUUACCCUGGCCUUCCUGGGGCUCUUCUUCCUCUACUGCAAGCAGUUCUUCAACAGAAAUUGCCAGCGUGGGUGGAUCAUCCUGUCUCUGACUUUGGAGGCCAGUUUCUCAGAUAAGAGUUGUUGCCCAGUCCCUGGGCAUGGGCAUGAAACAUGGGCAAUGAAGCAUUUGGGCCCCAGGGCCCGGAAAGAAGAAGAUGAGGCAACAUCUGAGAGCUGCCUGUCUCCCUCCUCCUGCCUCAGGAGAAGAGAAAUGGUUUCAGGAGGUUCGCUGCAGUUUGAGGCUGAUGAGGCAGCAGAGGAGGAAACUCUCUUCUCCAUGCCACCUGGCCAGGAGACCAGUCCUGAGUCCCCACUGAGUGAAAGCAUCUUUGAGACCCAGGCACUUAACCCCAUCCUGGAUGAUGACUGCAGCUCGACUCGUGGCUUCCCAACACAGGAGUCUUUUACCUUGGCCUCCUGUGCCUCAGAGAGCCACUCCCACUGGGUCCACACUCCCAUCGAAUGCACAGAGCUGGACCUGCGAAAGUUUUCCAGCUCUGCUUCCUAUACUGGAUCUGAGACCUUGAGGGGGAACACAGCUGAAAGCUCUGGAGACAGACUGGAGCUCACUGCACCCUUUGAAGUACCCAGCCUUUAACUCUACUGAGUAACCACCCUUGGGCCCUACUCUGCUCCUUGGGCCACACAGACCUCAUCUGCUUCCUGUGUCUUGUGAUAGCCCUGAAGAAGUCUAAAGAUAGCAUCUCCUCUCUGGAAAGUACCACUUUGGAUUCCUUUAAAGUAUGGGGUGCUUAAAACUGAACACAGUUUCAUGAGGAAUUGUCUCACCAACAUAGAGUAGGGUAGAACUGUCAUCAUGUCCACCCCACACAGGUCUCUUGGGCUCCUGGCAGCCCAGUCGUUCUCCCUGGACUACCCUGCCUUGUUCCUAUACCACAACAGAAGCAGGGGCAUAGGA